AUGCACAUUGUCUUGUAUUACCUCCAGGUUCUGGCCAUCAUCAUCUACUCCUACUUGGAGUCAUUGGUGAAGCUCUUCAUUCCCCAGAAGAGAAAAUCUGUGGCUGGGGAGAUAGUUCUCAUCACUGGAGCUGGACAUGGGAUAGGCAGGGCAACUGCCUAUAAAUUUGCAAAAGAGAAGAGUAAACUGGUGCUGUGGGACAUUAAUAAGCAUGGUGUUGAGGAAACGGCUGCAGAAUGCCGAAAACUAGGGACCACUGUGCAUGUGUUUGUGGUAGACUGCAGUAACAGAGAAGAGAUUUACAGUGCAGUCAACCAGGUAAAGAAAGAAGUGGGUGACGUAACUAUCGUGGUGAAUAAUGCUGGGGUAAUAUAUCCAGCCAGUCUUCUUAAUACCAAGGAUGAAGAGAUUGCCAAAACUUUUGAUGUCAACACGCUAGGACAUUUUUGGAUUACAAAAGCCUUUCUUCCAUCAAUGAUUAAGAGAAAUCAUGGUCAUAUUGUCACUGUGGCUUCAAUGUGCGGCCACAAAGUGCUUCCUUCUAUGAUCCCAUACUGUUCCAGCAAAUUUGCUGCUGUUGGCUUUCAUAAAGGUCUGACAUCAGAACUUGAAGCCUUGGGAAAAACUGGUAUCAAAACUUCAUGUCUGUGCCCAGGUUUUGUGAAUACUGGGUUCACCAAAAAGCCAGACAAAAGGUGGUGGCAUACAUUAGAGAUAGAUGAAGUUGUAAGAAACCUGAUGGAUGGAAUACUUACCAAUAAGAAGAUGAUUUUUGUUCCCACAUCUCUCAAUCUCUCAAUAACACUAGAGAGGUAA